UUGGUUAAACCCUUGUGUGUGUGUGCGCGCUGGGGAGAAGGAGGGGCGGGUCCGCUGGUUGCGUUACACGCCUCCUUUAUAAAAUACAGUUCGCUGCAAAGUCAAAGUAGUCGAUGGAGAGACUGUAAGUGGCUGUUGUCAUUUGCGCCUUAAUCCUUUGAUGCCUCUUUAAACGCUUUUUUUUGUAUUUCAAUAAGUUGCACGCACGUCGCUCGCGAAAGGAGAGAAGAAGCGCUCGCCUUGAUCAACUGAUAAGCGUGCAGACGCGAAGACCUACAUGUCUGUAUACUGUCCUCCACUGCACUGCCCCGUGUUCGUGCCGUGUCGUGAAAUGACGGACGUGAUCAUCAGCAGUGCUCCGAUAGACGACAUGCUCCUCAGUCCUAGCAAAGAUGGCAACACCUUUCAGAUCUUUCCUGGUCCUUCCGAUUUCGAGCAUUCCCGAAAACAGAAGCACCGCCUACCCUCUAUCGUGGUGCAGGUGACGGAGGGCGAGGUGGAGAGUGGUGAGCUCCGCUGGCCUCCGGAGGAGUAUAUCGUCAGCAAGGAGGAGGAGGACGUGGAGGAGAAGGGGGUGAACACGCAGGGAGAGGGAGAAGAUAGCAAUGGCCAAGCACCAGAGGGACAGCUCGUGCUGAACUCUCAGCAUUAGACAGGACUGCACUGACUUACACACACACACACACACACACACACGCAAGCACGCACGUACAAACACACGCACGCACGCAUGUGUUGAAAAUCGCGACAGAUCAUAUAAGAACCAGCUUUCUGUCUCUUCAUACAGGUGCUAAAUUGAAAAAGCAGACUUCAAAACAGUGUUCCUUCUUUGAGAGCAUAGGAAUCUUAGGGUGAUAUGAAAGUGGGAGAUGCAUUAUAUCCUCAUAUUCACUUACUAAAAAUGAUGGAAGUGUUGUCUGUUUCUCUCAGUUCCCAUACCAGCAUCUUCCCUGCACACACAGGAAUGUUUACGUACUGACACGUACUCCACCUUCAUGUCCCUCAUUCACUCCCGCUCGCUCCUUCUGUUCAGUUCAGACACUCCUUCAAAUACUACACACCCAUUUACAAAGUGCAUGCACACACACAACCACCCAAAUGCGUAAGGAAGGCAUGCAGUUCUGAGGCUUGCAGACUUUGUCCAGACCAUAGCAGAAUCUGUAUCCGAUGGUCAGAUGAACCAGGCUGAGAAGACCUGCUCCUCAAGACCAUCAUAUCUCCUCCAGCUGCAGUCCAAUGGAGAACUCUGACUUGGUCUAAAAUGGAGCCAAGGGUUUGGUUUUGUUUUGUUUUUUUGUUUAGUUUUUUUUUGUUUGUUUUAGUUUUGUUUUGUAUAAUGUUCACUAGGAAGUAACCCUACACCACAGUAAAGAUGUGGGCCAUGUCCGAAGGUUGUCGCUGAUGACUGAUCGCUCGCAGAGAUCGCCAGCAGAUGGGGUUUCGGAUGGCAGUUCCAAAGUAGGUGUGGUGGAGAGUUAAAGAACAGUGGGAUGACUUUUCACCUUCAGCCGUCACGGUUUGGAGAAAGUGGACGGGUGUUUUCUGAAACUUGGGGAACAGAGAUGGUGGAGUCGCAAGCGCCAGACAUGUACAACCUUCAAACUGUGCAGCAUGUAGAAUGCUCUUUAAUAGUUUUACUAUGUUCAGUUUAAAUUGCACUCUGUCCCCUUUCCUUCCACCAAAACAAGUUCAUCCUAUACAUAAUACUGUAUGUAAAUAGUAUUUGUAUGCAGAAAUAGUUUCACUGUGAAUAUCCGCAAAUUAAUAGUGUCUUUGUAUAUAGCAGCAUUCUAGCAGAUAAGUGGCAUGCAACUGUUGGGGGUGGGCGUAAUCGCCCCCUGGGGUAUAAAUUGAUGUCAUCCCUUCAUCCUUCCUUUCAUCACAACGUUAUACCUUCUUUGCCCACCAUCAUUCAUAAUGAGAGGUGAUCUUGAGGCAAAGGCUUUAUUUGAAGUGCACUGGGAUUGAGAAAAAAUAAUUAAGGCUUCCUCCAGCCGCAUCGGGGGCGGGCAGUAAGAGAACUUGUCUGAAGUUUUUUUUUUUGUUUUGUUUUUUUUCCUUUCUCUCUCUCUCUCGCUCCCCAUUCAUCAUCUUCCCUCGGUGGAAAGACUCUAGCAGGUCACCUUGGUGCGGAAAACACCAUGUGUAUUUUAAUCAGGAUGUCUAGCCAUUAAAAGCAACCCCCCCCCCCCCCCCCCCACUAUGUAAAAAGGUUUUGUGUAAUUAGUCUGCGCAUGUGUACUGGAGUGUUCGGGUCUUUCGAGUAGGGGUGGGGCCAUGGUCAGGUUCCUCCUCUAUCUGAACCACCUGAAGAUUCUGUUCUGUUUCUAUCUGUGUACAGCUCAGGGAGAAUGGUUGCCAUUUAGUUUUUCUUCGUUUUGAUUUUAUUUUUUCCUUGCUGCCAUGUUCUCUGACUGAGAGGUUGUAAAUAAACAGUUUGAAUGCACUUUA